AUGGAGAAUGUCAAGUUUGCACCAAGUUCUGAAGAGAAUCCGCUUUCUCCUGACUCCCUGAAUGAAACCCUGAUGCCCAGAAUUGGAUACACUGUGCUGUCCAUUAUCAUGGGCGUAUUCUCCACCGCUGCAUUUGUUCUUAAUGUGACGGUUAUUGUGGUGACACUUCAGCACAGGAAGCUGAGGCAUCCUCUGAACUAUGCCCUGGUGAACCUGGCAGUAGCAGACUUGGGAGUGACUGUGACUGGGGGGCUCCUGGCGGUGGUGACAAACGGCAUGGGCUACUUCAGCCUGGGGAGGAUCGGCUGUGUGAUCGAAGGGUUCGCUGUGGCUUUCUUUGGCAUUGCAGCGCUGUGCACAGUGGCAGUCAUCGCAGUGGAACGCUUCAUCGUGGUCUGCAAGCCUCUGGGUUUCAUUAUGUUCCAAACAAGGCAUGCUGUGGCAGGGGUGGCAUUCUCUUGGGUCUGGUCCUUCAUAUGGAACACACCACCUCUGUUUGGCUGGGGGAGCUACCAGCUCGAGGGGGUAAAGACCUCUUGUGCCCCGGAUUGGUACAGCAGAGACCUGGGGAAUAUCUCCUAUAUCCUGUGCUACUUCCUUUUGUGCUUCGCCAUUCCAUUCAGCAUCAUUGUGAUCUCCUAUGCAUGGCUACUGUGGGCACUGCGGCAGGUGACCAGACUCCAGAUGUGUGGGGGCUCCACUGCUAGAGUGGAGGUCCAGGUGACCCGCAUGGUCAUUGUGAUGGUACUGGCCUUCCUGCUCACCUGGCUGCCCUAUGCUGCCUUUGCACUGGCAGUUAUCAUUGACCACGAUCUUCACAUCAACCCCAUCAUUGCUACUAUCCCCAUGUAUCUGGCCAAGAGCAGUACUGUCUUCAACCCCAUCAUUUACAUUUUCAUGAACAAACAGUUUAGGGAUUGCGCUGUACCAUUCCUUCUUUGUGGAAGAAAUCCAUGGGCUUCGGAGCCUGAGGGAUCAGAAGCAGAAACCACCAUCUCCAUUGUCAACAAAAGCCCCAAAGUCUCUCCUGCAUAA